CUCAGAACCACGAUUUCAAACUAUGUCCUCGCGAGGUGCUUCAACUGAGCACCAUGCUUCGGUUGGCUUGAAGGUUCAUUACGGUCACGUGCAGCGCGUCACUCCCGUGUGUAGUGGCGACGCGUCUCCUGCUGCAUCGCGGGCGGGGGCCUUAUUGGCAGCACAUUUGCGACUCGCGACACAAGGCAGAUGCAGCUCAUUGUGCGAUCAAGAUGCCGCCGGCGAUUUGCGAUUCAGAAGGCGAGGAAGAGGAAGUCUUUGCCCAGGAGCGUCCUUCGCAAAGCAGCAUCAUUUCCUGGGCUGCUAAGCAGAUCGAUGCAGUCGCAGUGCAGCUUUUCGAUGGCGCGGAUGAUCGAGCCACAGGCUCUACCGAUACGGCGCAGCUAGAGGCUGAAAUCCGAAAUGCGGCCUGGGGACUGUUUGGCACUGAUCCCAGUCAACAUUCGCAGCCCAAACUCAACUCAUCUCAAAUCGCGUCCGGGUCGCACAAGCGCAGUCAUACAGAUUACAAUAUCGCGAGAGAUGCAUCGCAAUCAAGCAACAAGCGCUCCAAGACCUUCGGCGGGGCCUGUCCAGUGAUACCGCCACAGCCAGGGCUAUCAGAGCACUCUGCCAUGUUCAACGAGCCCCAAAUGCCUUUCCAGGGAUCCUUGUUUGAGGAUUUCGUGAAUCAUGAACCGUUCGGCAUGUUUCAGGAGACCGGCGACACUGUGGCCGACAUGUCUUCUUGUCAAGAGAGGCUGGUGGCCGAGGCCAUUGCUGACUUCGGAAAGUCCGAAACCAUUUCCACGACGCGUCCCACACCGGUCGAAUUGCCUCCCAGCCCGUCGUUCCCUUACUCGUCUUCGACGAGACCAACACAGAAGGCGGUCGCUGUUGAUCAUGUUGAGCACGUAGCCGAGGAGCACAGCAGCGAAUACAAUAUAGUUCUGGACCUCGGGCCCGAGCACGUUCAUUCUGUCGCCGACGAUGCCUGUGAUACACAGUCUCUUCAGCCACCACCUCACCUCAGCCCUGUGACACUCCUACCAACUGGACUUCCGGAGACAAACACUCCAUUUGAGACGCAAGCCAUGCCAAAAACAGGGAAACUCCGCAGUCGCAAGCGAACGAUGGAAAUCGACACGAUGAAUAACAUGGGUGAAGACGAGCUAUUGGUUGAGCUACCCAAAGAGCAAUAUCAACCGAGACCAAGUCGAAGGCGAGCGACCGACACGAUGGAGCUCGCCUCGCCCAAGGCCACUGCGCCAAAACAAACGUCCAAGAAGCGAAGGAAGACCGAUGAUCAAAUUGAUCCUAGCAAAUCUGAGGCCAUUGCUGUUGACAUGAAACCGCCGCCAUCGGUUGGCUUGUCCGGACGGAAGGGAAUACGAAGUCAUACUACGAUCUUCGAAGAUCACAUCAAUUCCGAUACCUCGCUCAAGUCGCCAAGUCUCAGCCAGCGACAAGCUCUUCGGCGGUCCGUCUUAAAGGACAUUUCAAAUGAGCCUGCAGAACAAAACCCAAAGCCAAGGCGUCAAAGCAGGAAGAUUCUGGUCGAUAGUGAAGACGACGACGAGGAUGAGCUUGGCAAGAUUAGUGAUGUUGAGGACACAAUCCCACUUAAACGAGGUAGAGGUCGACCAUCGAAAGGCAAGCCUAAAAAGGCAACGUCUGUCGGAAACUCAGCCAAUGCAAUUCCCGAUGAGCUAGAUGCUGCAGUAGGUGCUCCAGAACCACGAGUGAAGAAAGGCCGAGGUCGACCCGCGAAGAACAAAGUAGCAGAAUCAAAGGUCGAUGACAAAGUGAUCGAGGAUGAGGAAGAGAUAGAGCCGGAUGCGGGCUCAAGCAGAGUGCUGGAGGCGGUCGUGAUCAUCCCGCCCCAAACUACACCUUCGGUAGUCUCUUCAACUCAUGCACCGACACCUCCACCCGAGCCGCCCGCCAAAUGCACGCCGGAGCCGAAACCUUCCAAGCUGCCCAAUGGCCCCGUCACGCACUCUCCGAUCAAAAAAUGCCUGACAUCGACUUCGAAGUAUCGCGUCGGACUCAGUAAGCGACAGCGCAUUCAGCCACUACAUUCGAGCAUUCGGAAACGAUAAGUCUAACCUCGAUCUUGGGCGAAGAAGGCAUGCUGUCAAUGUUCCCGGGUGCAGAAUCAAUGUUAUACAGCAUGAGUAUGCUUUGAGAUGGGGAUUGAUGAUUGCUUCACGGGAGAAACGAACUUGAUGAGCUUUUGAUAUUGUCUAUUAAGAUACCCAUACAUUGAUAAUUUCAAGAAUAAGCGAGUUUCGCAAACUUGCAAAAAACGUGCACCUUAAAAAUCUGUCUGUACUACCUCAAAGUAGGU